CGUAUACGGGCCCGGCCACUCCGCACACAACGAUAUAAAGCACGGUGCAGUUGGGUGAUAAAAAGAAAACAAAAACAACUCACCGAGCCGCAAACAACGACGGACGGACGGUUGCUGCUGCAUUUUCGCUGCACCACACUGCUGCACUGGUUGUGUUACAUUCGUUUUUUGUUCCGUUGCUGCACUUGUUGUACAUUAGGCCAUCUUCUCUUCUGUUCUUCCGCGUUUAAGCUGUUCAUUCGCUCGCUGUUCGUGUUCGUGCCAUUUGCGAUACCUUUGCGUUUGUACUUUAAUUUUGUUUGUUAAGUGUCGGGUUGUUUUUUGUGUGUAUUAUUCGCAUUUCCUCCCGCGUGUGCCGGUGUGCAGCAGAUUUUGUGCCGAUUUUUGUUUCUAGGUGGUAAAAAGGCGUAACUAAUUAUGUCAAAGCCGAACGUGCUAGUCCUUGGAGGAUGUGGAUUUAUUGGACGCCAUCUAGUGGAACAUCUCGUCACCCAUGAUCUGGCCGGUCGCAUAAAGGUGGUGGACAAAACGCCACCCCUAAUGGCGUGGCUAAACAGCCGCCACACGCAAGCCUUCGCCAGCGAGCGGGUAGAAUUCGUCAGCGCCAACCUAAUAAAUCCCACAUCGUGCCAAAAUGCGUUCCAAAGCGAGGGCACCGGCCAGCAGGAGGAGUCCGAGGGUGGCUGUUGGGAUUAUGUGAUAAACUGUGCGGCCGAAACGAAACCCGGCCAAACGGACCCGGUGUAUCAGGAAGGUAUACUGAAGCUAAGCUUAAACUGUGCAACGGAGGCUGUGAAGCAGAAAGCGAAGCGUUACAUCGAACUCAGCACGGGCAGCAUGUGCUCGGACGAGAAGGUACCGCAGCGGGAAGACUGUCCGGUCGAACCGUGGACGAUGGUCGGCAAGUAUAAGGCGAAGGUGGAACAGGAACUGGCUGCCAUAAAGGAUUUGCCCUACACCAUACUGAGACUGCCGAUCUGCUAUGGCGUUGGCGAUCGGAAGGGACUGACACCACGCAUCAUUAUAGCGGGUAUCUAUAAACAUCUUGGCGAAACGAUGAAACUGCUCUGGACCGGAACGAUGAAGAUGAACGUGGUGCACGUAGAAGACGUGUGCGGCAGCAUUUGGGAGCUGCUGCAAACCGAUCGCACACUGCACGAAACGAUCAACGUGUGCGACGACAGCAAUGCGACGCAGGCCCUGAUAAGCGAACUGCUGGCCGACAUGUUUGGCAUCAAGAUCGACUACUGGGGCGUUACCAUGUCGAACAUGACGAAGCUCGACAUGGCCGGUGCUAUCGAGGAAAUUAACGACCGCCAUCUGGGACCGUGGGCCGAACUGUGCCAGCGGGACGGUGUGCAAAAUACGCCGCUCACACCGUACAUGGACCAGGAGCUGCUGCUGCACAAGCAUUUGCAUUUGAGCAACGAGAAGCUAAAGUCGUACGGGUACCGGUUGCGCCGUCCGCACAUUACGCGGGAACUGCUGGAGGAAAUAGUGCAGGAUUUCAUCGAGAUGAAUCACUUUCCGCGUACCUUGCUUGCUUAAAAGUGCAUCAAGCGUACGUUCCCAGAGCGUAGCUAGAUAUGCAAAAUCCUAGCCUCUACAGCCCCCCUACGUACAAGUGUACGAGAUCUCGAGCGAUGGAUUCAUCUCCGUACGGUGACGGUGAGAGAAGCAAGAAUCUGCUGUUGAGGAGCCGGCAAGGCAACGCGUGAUUAUAACUUAACAAUUUUUACACCUAUGGUGCCGGAAGUAAUACCUUCGCCUAACACGCCUAGCGUACGUUAUAUGCAUUUGUCGCAACGACAGAUAGUCGUUGUCGGACGUCUCAGGAUGGGUGUCUCCGCUCGUGGGAGCUUAUCUGUCAGUGCCCCGCCCCCCUUUUCACCAUUCCACGUCCGAGUGUGAUUUUCGAUUAGUUUAACUAAAGUGACGAACGGGCGAGCUAAACCAAGCCGUUUCCGGAUUGAUAUGAUCUAGAGAGACCACAGGGGGUCUCUCAAAGCAAAGGGUAAAGACAUUUUUACGGAAUUUAUGCGUAUUAGUAUUAUUAUUGGAACUGUGAAACGAACACCAUGUGCCUAAACGAAAUUUUAUGAUAAAAGAAGAACGAAAAAAAAACACACAAAUAAACCCCCGUGUAUCGUUAUCGUCGUGGCGUCGUGCAGUAAAUAAAGUCUAUAAAUAUUCCAUUAUA